UUUCCUCUCAAACUUGUGAAGUUGCUUGGACUCUCCUUCUUUCUGUCUGUAGGCUUUGGGAAGGCUAGAUUCAGCCAGACCCUAGUCACUCUUUUAAUUGUCAGGACUUACAAUGAGUGUUAUUAAGUCUCCUCUGAGUAGUUUGUGGUUGGCUGGGCUGCUUUUGGGAAGCAUGUCUUUGAGUCUCCAGUACAACGCGCACAGGCUCAGAAACAAAAACUGGUGUGCAUUUAUCGUGCAAAAGAACGUGAGCUGCGCAGUGCGCGCGGACAUUCCUGCAGUGGUUCAAGCUGAAGCUGCGCCCUGCCCUCCACACCAACCCGACUGUGAGCCAGCAGUGAUGUAUCAGACGCAUUUUCAACCCAGUUACAGGAUUUCCUAUAAGACCAUUACUGAACUGGAGUGGAGGUGCUGUCCAGGGUAUCAAGGUCCAGACUGCAAAGAACUAAAAGGCUCCCUAAAUCGACAGACAUUACUUAAACCUCAACCAAAGCCACAUCCUCAGUCCUAUACUGGAUACACGCAAAAUUCACGAAGGCCAGAGAGACUGGAGACAGUGCAGUACAACAGCUAUGAGGUUGAGAAAACUCGUCAACUGGAGGAAGAAGUGCAGCGUCUCUCUCAGACUGUGUUGGACCUCCAGGCAGCUAUGACUAGCAUGAGUGCAAACCUACGUACUGAUUUACAAGAGGACACCAGCAAAAUGCUCAUUACUCUCCUCAGCAACAUGCAUGUGCAAGACAGCGCAAAAACAGGAGGCACAGAGGAAAGCUUGGUGCAUCUGGAUGGACACCAGGCCACAAGGGGACUGGAGGAGAGGGGCAUGGAAAAAGUGCUGGCCAGGCUUAAUGAUGUGACAGAUGCUCUGAAAAGCAAGGAUGAGGCAAUUGAGGAGCUGCGGGAAGCUGUGACUGAACACAGUGGCCAGAUCAGAAUGCUAAUGGAUGCUUCUCAGGGACCAACAGUUACUGCUGGUGCCUCCUCGGACAUCGAUAUCCUUCAGUCCUACAUCGAUACGAAGUUUGAGAAAUUAAAGAAGGAGCUGGUUGUGGACAUGAAGGAUGAGAUAGCAAAACUGAAGAGUGCAUGUGAUGAUAGGAUAUUAUCUUUUCAGAAGACCUAUAAAGAAGGAUGGAAGAGAAGUUAUGACAACCUGACAAAUCUACUGGACAGCCAAGAGGCUGAGCUCAGGAAGGAGAUACGUGAACUACGUCUGGAUAUGGCUAUGUCUGAUGGGCUGGUGCGCACUCACAGGCAAACAGCUCCAUUUCAAGAGGAUGACCGUGAUCUACGAAAUACUCUUCAGCGUCUGGUGGAUGCUCAUAAUGUCUUAAAUGCCCGUAUGGACAACGAACUGGGACAUCUGUCCAUGCUACAGCUGGAAGAUGUAUUUGGCCCUCGCAUGGAUGAGCUUGAAGCCAGGAUGAAUGUGACCGAGAAGAAUGCAGAAACCUACUGCUUCUAUGUGGAUGACAAGUUAACCAAGGCUCUAGACAAACAGAUAGCAAAGAUGAGGGAGCUCUUGGAUAACAGACUGAAUUCUAUGGAGGACCAGUUUACAACCAUGCUGAUUGAGAUGAGUAACGCCUCCUUCCCAGGGAUGUUCAGCGAGUCUGUUGAUGCUCUGCAAAUUCAGGUUAAUGCAAACAAUUAUGCAAUUCAGGGACUGGAAGACAAAUUGAAUGCUAUUGAGCGCAUAUGUGCCACUGAAUGCAAGUCAAGCCCAUCCACUGAUUCUCAGCACCUAGGCAGUCUGGAGAGUAUUACAAAGGACAUGAGGCACUGUAGAAAUCAACUGGAUGUCCUGAGCACCAAUGCUGAAAACAAUGCUGUGAAGCUUGUAGAAUUAGGGAACGUAGUUGAUCGUCUGCAGCUUGAGAAUCAGCUGAACCGUCUUAGCACGCAGGAUGUUCAUGACAAGCUGAAGCCUCUAAUGGAUAAUGUGAGCGGUCUGACUGGAGCUGUGACAGGGUUAGGAGAUGUCAUGAGCAAGUUUAGCCAAGAUCUUCAGACCCUGAACUCUAGUUGUUGCCGAAAAGCGCAGAUAGAACAGAUUCAUAUACCAUCAACAGUACCACCUCUGUCCCAUGAGGCAAGCAAACCAAGCCACAGUCAGGUGGAGGAGCUCAGCAACAGACUAGAUAAUCUGAGAUCCCAGGUGACUGCAGAGUUGACCCUUUGUAAGGAGAGGGCAGCAGGUAUUGCUGAAGGCGUCUCUGCAGUAGGCAGCAGGAUCACUACACUAGAAGAGUUGUGUGGGAAGGUAAAUGAUGAGAGAAAUCAAGUUCAGGCUAUGAAAGAGGGUCUGGAGAGAAACUUGGCUCAAAUGAACUCCACACUACAGAAACACUCCAGGGGGAUCAGCAAUCUUCAGACAACCCUGCAAAAUGUUCAGACCACAAAACAGCAAGGCAUGCCAGUGAAGCAGGAGAAACCCAGUACUUUCCCUGAUUCUAGGACUUUAUUCCCACUAAGGACAUACAUUCCCCAGAUCCACAUUCCUGUGCUGAUACCCCAUAGGACAGUGCCUGUUACUUCCCGUCCAUUUGUACGCCCGCCGUAUGCCAAGCCCUCAAACCCGCGCCAGCCUUAUGCCCCUCUGAAGCCUUCAAGGUCAUACCAACAGCCUAAUCAACCAGUUGUGUUGACUGGAGUGGCUGGACCACCUGGAUACGCACAGAGAGUCCCUACUCGACAGGAGCGUGGAUCCCAGGAGUUAGGCAAAUCCAUUAAUGGAUUCGCAGGUGCACCAGGCCAUCCUCCAGUAAAUCCAGUGGCAUAUAAACCCCAUCCGAUUGCAGCUUCCCAAGUGUUAUGGAAUCCUGCACAACGGGUUAUUGCAACACCAGUGUCCUCUGAGAGAAACGUGUUUGCAGAGCCUCUCUCGUUUUCAGCUGGUCUCACGCAUCAGGCAUUUUUGGGAGACUUUGGCAUCAUUCAUUUUAAUAAAGUGCUAGUUAAUGAUGGAGGACACUACAAUCCCCAAACAGGAAUCUUCACUGUGCCUGUGAACGGUCGUUAUUUAAUCUCAGCCGUGCUGACAGCUCCUCGGCACGAGCGUCUCGAAGCUGUACUCUCCGUCUCGGAGCGCAGUGUGCAGAAGCUAGAUUCAGCAGGUUAUGAAGGAAACAACGGGCAGCUCGCAUCAAGGCCUUGUCAGUGUGGAAGUUCUGUCUCAUUCAGCCUCGUCCUCUCACUGCACGCAGGAGAUCGAGUUGCAUUAGUGCGCACAGCUGGCACGCUUGCCAUCUCCGAGGCCAAAGAGAUUCUCUCCACUUUUAGUGGUGUCUUCCUCUACUCCACUCAGGUUCACAGAUAACAUCCAGCAAAAAAAAAAAAACGACACCCUGCAGAGGACUGCCUGACUGUGCAGCUCUCAACAAUUACAUGGCAGCCUGUGGCGAGCCAGACAACACUGCAAGGAAAUCACUGCUUGGCUUUGGCUUUAACUUAAGAAACUACGGGGGGGAAUGGUUGUACCAUGGAAAGCAGUGCACAGAGAUAUUUACUCAUACUCCACAUAUUUUCAUUGCCUAAUGUAUCUACUUGCAUUUCACCAUUUAAUAUAAAAUGGUGGUUUAUCAUGAGCGACUUUAAUCUACUGACCCGAUUGUAUACAAUCAUUUUAUUACAAAUUAUUAAGCAGUAUUAUAAAUGCCUUCAUUUUGCUAUGUAUAAUGAAUAAAACAGGGUGUGUUACAGGGCAAUAAUAAAUGACUAGGUGCCAUGAUGUUAUUACUGUCCUGAAGACAGCACCUACCAAAGUGUUUUAUUCCUUUUAUACCACAGAAAUUAACCAAAGAUUGCAAUUUUUAUUUAUUAAUGAAAAUGCCAUGCAUUCAACAAUUUCUCAUUACCAUUAAUGUUAUGCAAUGUCUACCAAACACGUUAGAUCCUGUUAACACUCCACGUAUAACAGUCUUUUCCUCACCAGUGUCUUUUUUUUUUUCCACCCCCCUCUCUCUCCUGAAGAAAAUAAUGCAGCUUGUCAUGUUACCAAGAGACUGCAAAGAUACUCCCAUCUCAGAAAAUGUAGCUACAACUUUACCUCUGGAAACUCCUUCCAGAAAUGUUAAAUAAAUGUCUCCUCACUGAAAAUCUUA